AUGCCGACUCGCUUCGAAGCACGCAAGCAAAAGAUCCUGGAACAACUCGAUGCUCCAGAUGGCGAGUACCACGAUCUAUCGCCAAAAGGCUCCGUUGAUGCGCCUAUUCGAGACCUAAUCGGCGAGAUUAACAAGCUCCAAGGUCUAGUCACAACAAGCAGCUGCUCGGGACGCAUUAGUGUGUUUUUAGAAGGGCGUAAAGCAGACACCGAAGCAUCAGAUUCCGCGCUUGAAGGAGAAGAGUCACGUGCUGGUCCGGGAGGCAAAGGUGGUGGGGGUGCAUGGCUGUUCAUUUCACAUACGCCAGUUGAGCGUGUAGAAGGGAAUCAUGAUCUCAUGUCAGAAUUUGGCUUGCAGAAGAUUGAGACUGGGGAGGAAACACCUAGUGUUUCCUGCCGAUACAUUCAUCUCAAGUUUGAACCCAUGAUACUCCACGUCCUGAGUGCAUCAAUGGACCAUGCCCAAAUGGUUCUCACUGCUGCCUUGACUGCCGGAUUCCGCGAGAGCGGCGCUGUGAGCCUAGGAUCGGCGAACACGGGAGAGUCGAAUCCUAUGGUGGCAGUCCGGUCAGCUGGGUAUUCAUUCGAUUCUAUUAUCGGCUAUCGAGAAGGCGGUGGGAGUAACAUUGCUCUGGUAGACCAACGGUAUCUGCGAACAUUGGUCAACAUUGCCAACGAGCGCUUCAAAAUCAAUCUCGAUCGCAUAAGCCGGUUUCGCCAGGCCCUCUUGGAAACUUACAAACCGAAGCUUUCGAACGGAUCCAAGCCAGGUUGGGAAGAUGCAGACGCCAGGAAGCGGCGAAAGAGAGAAGAAGGGCUUGCGCGACAACAAGCUUUGCAGAGUCAGAACUCUGGAGGCAACAUCAAUCCGUUGACAGAAGCAGAUGUAGGCAGCAUGGAAGGGAUACUCUCUUGA